GGAGCUCAUGGGCUCUGCUCCAGGGUACCACGAGCACGGCACCUUCAGCAUUUAGCAGCAGCUCCACAACCAGCUCCUUGGGGCACAGCCCAGGGCGUGGGCUGGAGGGAUCUCCCCUGGGUACAGAGGAUGGGUGAAAGGCACAGGGGGGAGCCUGGGGGCUACACUGCAGACCUUUAACGCCGCGAGCUGGGCUUUAGCACACCCACAAGCCCAAAGCUUCCCCUCGGACAGCUUUCUAAGGCCGGGACACGGGCAGGAUCCAGCCUGGGGCUGCAGCCGGGAGCCCGGAGCCCCCCGGUAGAUGGCACGCACGGCCCCGGCGCGGCGCUGGCGAGAAACCCGAGCCAGGGAGACACUCCCCGGGAGCUGCCGGGGGCCGGGAAGGAGGAAACACGGGCUGUGCCCGGCCACAAGCCGCUCCUGCUGCGCGGAGGAGGGAGCGACAUGGGCAACCGCUGCAGCUGCGGCCGCCCGCGGAACCGAUGUGAGACACGAGAGCCAACAGCACCAGCCUGGCAGGAAGGCUCCAACGUACGAAAAUGUCUCGGAGUCUCCCGUCUACGCCACUGUGAGUAAACCCAAGAACAUGAAGCAGGACGACAGCAUUCAUUACGCAGACAUCCAGGUGUUCACCAAGGUCCGGGAGCGCUCCGCGGAGGAGGUGAAGAACUUGCAGAUGCAGAAUGCCACAGAGUAUGCCACCCUCAACUUCCCCCGGCCCAGGCUGAAAUAUGACAGUAAGAACGGGACUCUGGUUUAAAAGGCCUGGUGCCUCCCUCCUCGUUCAGCAGCAAAAGGAUUUCACAGACUUAGAGAUGCCGUAGACUCGAGCUAACCUCAUGGACACGUUGUGUCUGCCUGCGAAGCAGAGAGGCUGUGUCUUCCACCUGUGUGUGCCUUCAGAGGACAGAGGUGUAUUUAUUCUCACACGAGGAACAGUUACCUGUCUGGUUCUGCUGGCAAAAAAAAAAAGCCACUUCUUCCCCUUGGAAAAUCCAUGUUGCCUCUGAAGCUGGCAACCCAUCUCCUCUCUGCCCUGCGAGAAGGCAGAGCUGCUGCUUGGCUGGUGAUGGUUAAAAUCACAGCCUGGAGCUGCCAGGAGGAUGUUCCAAGCGCGGUUGUGCCGGCAGAUUUGGGAACAGGGGAUAGAGGAGUCCAUACUGGGACAAGGGAGAUGUUGCCAUGGGAUUUUAUGUUGAGGUUAAGAAAAUUCUGCAACGUGCAGAAUGAUAUGGGGAUGAUACUGUGAGGAAAUUGUAUGGAAGUUUUAAGGGUAUCUGCCGCAAUGUUUUCCUCCAACACCAGCCACUGUACGCUGCAGUCAUGCACUCUGUGCAUCCCUCUUCUAAAAAAGCAGUGUUUUACAGCCAUGCACAGCAUACUGAGACCAAGGCCAAAAAUGCAGAAUUAACUGAAGGGUACAGAACAAUUCCUUUCGCUGAAGGGCGGUACUGACACGCAUCCUUAGCCCAAGGUGCACAAAAGUGAGCACUGAGCUCUUGGCUCUGACUGGCAAUGAAAGAAGGCAGAUUUGCAGGUUAUCUGUAGGACAGCCAUUUAAAAGCCACUGCCUAUAUUUAGGGCAGUUAUCCAAUCCUUAGAGCACAGUAGCUGUUUGCAUGCCUGAGACACUAGGAAUGAAUCCUGGCCAACUUUAGAGAAGGCUUUGGACUUUUUCUUCGUGUUUUCUUAUUUUGUAUUGUCAGCCUUAGUUAUAAAACCCUGUAAAGCAGAGCACAUACCACGUGGUGUUUUCUGCUAAAGCUCCCAAAGACACAUUUGAGAAUUUAUGGGUUUAAAAUAAUGUCAGUAAUGCAGUACAGCAGCCGUCCAAAAGGCUUCUGCCACUGGAUUGAGAUUGACAUUUGCACCAUUGGCAGUAGCACAGUGCUCCCAAGCAGUGUCCUCAGGCCCUAGAUCAAUGGUUAGCAUGUUCUCUUCCUCAGCAAUGGUCUGCAUAGCCAAAUGCAGGUCGUGGAACAACCUGUUUAUUGCCAUUGUUGAAAAAUGGACUUCAUUGUACACUUUAUAAACAUGCAUCAUUUUGCAUAUUAUGGUUUAGCUAUAUGUAAAAAAAAAAACAAAAACCACCACCAACAAAAAAAAACCAUGAAGGAGUUCCUGCUCGUUACAAAAAAUAAAGCUGGUACGGGUAGUGUGUACUAAGAUGAAAAUGUUUUAAGGACCAAUCCUACAAUUUUUCUGCUUUUUGCCUGUGCUAUCCAGUGGACCUCAGCAGGGCUAUUAAAAGGCCAGAGUAAGGUUUGCAGAAAGAAGAAAUUUGUCUCCAUUUUCAAUAAUGGAGACAGUUUAUUUUUCUGCCUGAACUGUGUUUUUUUUUUGCCCAUGCUAUUGAGCUGACCUCUGCACGGCUAUUGCAAGGCCUGCAGCAAAAGACCCUUCAUUUACAAUGGGCACAGUAUUAUGCUGUUUGAGGGCUGGCUCUUCUGAGUGCCAAGGACAAAAACCCGUAGCGAGGAGGACUGAAUGGGCAGGGGGGGACAAUUUAGGGAACACGGGACUGCCUGAGCACUCGGUCCUGCUUAGCCCAGCCACCGGAGGGGCUCCCAGGACACAGCCCCAGGCCCAGCCGGUGCUGAGCAGCAGCUGGGGACCUCCUCGCACUGAGCUGCUGGUACCAGAACUGAAAAGGCACACUGGUUAAAGCUCAAACCAAGCCCUCUGCAGUGCAGGAAUAAAUAUAUAUAUAUAUAUGUAAUACAUUUAUUAAAUAUAGACUAUAAUUCACCAGAGGGGAGGUUUUCUGGAAGGUGCUGACUCCAACAAGUCAUUUUUAAAGACAAUUUGACAGAAACUACCUGUUACUGCAGUGUCAAGCACCGUGAAGGGUCUUUUUUUGUGGUACUGGAGCUUUCCUCACCACCAGGCAAGCUGGGGCUGGGGACAGCCCAGCACUGGGUCUGCUCCUGGGCACAGCCUGGGGUAAAUCUGCACAUGCAGCAUCGACUUGUACCAGUGUGGCACCGGGAAAAUCAGGGCCUUGGAUCUCUAAAAUGUGAAAAUCACGUAUUUUGGAGUAAGGGUUUUUCUAAAAGCCUUUAUUUUGCAGUGAGUAUUAACAGAUUCCAGCUACAUGCCCGGUGUUACCCAAGGUUGCCUGUUUAGGGGUUAAACGAGUGUUAAACGCAUCAAGUGCUCUUCGGACAUUAAACACUUGAUUUUCGGCGUGAA